AUGAUGCGCCUGUUUGCAUCGUCUCUCAUCUUCGUUCUAGCCCUCGCGGACGACAUAUGCCAGCCGGUGAAAUGGAACGCCAAACGCUCGGAGGGGCCGUAUAACACCAAGGCUCUGAGGGCCGCCAACGGCACCAUGAGCACUCGCAAGACGCUGGUGACCACUACAGAGAUCCAGCCCGGCGACAUCAACUGCCGCUACUCGGCCACCACGAGCGCCACCGUCAACUACUACACGUGUACGCAGAUGGCGACCAAGUAUGGCAUCACUAUAGACGUCUUCUUCACGCUGAACCCCACCCUUGAGCUGGACUGCAGCAACAUCCAGCCCAAGACCGAGUACUGUGUUGCUGGCUUCAUCGAGCCUGUGAGAGCCACGGACCGGCUCUGCGGCCCCCGGAACGGCAACGCUACGUGUCUCGGCACGGCCUACCAGUGCUGUAACUCGGAGACGUGGAAGUGCGGAAACUCGACUGAUGACUGCGCCGCCGGCACCUGCUACGAGGGCGCCUGCGCCGGCGACAAGGUUUACAGCACAGACGGCACCUGCGGCCUGAACCACGGCUUGCGGCUGUGCGCCGGCAAGUGGGGUGACUGCUGCAACCUGGACGGCGCCUGCGGCACGGGUGACGCCUUCUGCGGCACCUCUGUGUGCUUCUCCGGCAACUGCACCGUUCCCGACAUCAAACCGACACUGCCUGACUGGAUGAAGGGGAACACGCCUGACGGCACCUGCGGCGGCGAGAAAGGCUACACCUGCAACGUCGUGUACGGCAAUUGUUGUAACAAGAAUGGCAUGUGCGGUGUCCUGGCGUCGGAUUGUGGUGCUGGAUGCCAGCCUGAGUUCGGCGAUUGCAGCUCCAUCAGCACGACGUCUGCCUCCAGGACCACGUCCAAGUCGUCCUCCUCCACCUCUUCUGCGGGCAUAACGACCACAACACAUGUUACGUCUACCUCUGCGUCCAAGACAACCACUACAUCCACCACCUCAACUACCGCACUCAGCUCCCUGCCCUCAUGCGGCCAGACGUGCUUCAACAACAUGGUGGGCCAGUGGUCCAAGCUGGGAUGCUCCAGCGAAGACCCAGCCUGUCUUUGCAGGAACGUCAACUUUGGCUACGGCCUGCGCGACUGCUCUAAUGGCGCAUGCGGGACGGACGUCGCCAGCACGGUAAUCGCAUAUGGCAGUGCGUACUGCAGCUCGGCUCUGGCGACGACGACCCCGACCGCCACGCCGACCCCGACCGCCACGGGCGUGGCCGGCCUGCCGACGUGCGGCCAGACGUGCUUCAACAAUAUGGUGGGUCAGUGGUCCCAGCUGGGAUGCUCCAGCGAAGACCCAGCCUGUCUUUGCAGGAACGUCAACUUUGGCUACGGCCUGCGCGACUGCUCUAAUGGCGCAUGCGGGACGGACGUCGCCAGCACGGUGAUCGCAUAUGGUAGUGCGUACUGCAGCUCGGCGCUGGCGACGGCAACCCCUACCGGCACGGGCGUGGCCAGCCUGCCGACGUGCGGCCAGACGUGCUUCAAUAACAUGGUCGCCAUGUACUCGUCUCUCGGGUGCGCGAGCCCGGAUCCCUACUGUCUGUGCAAGAACGUCAACUUCGGUUACGGGCUCAGGGACUGCUCCAACGGCGCGUGCGGGACAGACAUCGCCAGCAAGGUCAUCGCGUAUGGGAACGCAUACUGCGCUUCGGCGAGUGCGACGGCCACCGCGAAGACGUAG